AGUACGUAGUAUUUGCAGGCCCGGCAAUUUCAGCGAUAAAGGUCAAAAUGAGAACUUUUUGAUCCAGAAAACCCCGAUCCUUGACGAUAUUAUUCAUGUCAUGCUUGUUAUGCAUUUUACAAGUGGCGCAUUUGACAGUUGAAAGCAAGUGGGGUAAACUGUACAUAUAUUUUUCCACAACCAGUAUACAAGAACUAAUAGUAAAUCAUGAGCUCAAGUUUGACCUCGCCUUCUCAGCAACCGCCAAGUGUCCUGUGUGUAGGAUUGACUUGUCUAGACCUCCUGUGUUACCUUCCACACUUUCCCAAGGAAGACACUGGCAAUAGAUGUAUUGAUAUGUACUGGCAGAGAGGGGGUAAUGCAUCCAACACCAGCACUGUGUUAGCUCUGUUAGGAGCCAGGACUGAAUGUCUCUGCACCAUAGCUAAUACUAGGGAGAAAGAGUUUUUAAAAGAAGAUUUUGCCAAAUAUGCUGUAAACAUUGAGAACUGUGUCUACCUGGACGACUGCACCGCUCCAGUGUCUAACUGCAUUAUCAAUGUACAAAAUGGAUCAAGAACCAUCCUACACAGCAACAAGAGCUUGCCUGAGUUUUCCUACAAAGACUUCCAGAAGAUUGAUCUUAAAAAGCAAAAAUACCAGUGGGUCCAUUUUGAGGGUCGCCCCAAUGUCCCAGAUAUUUCUAGUAUGCUUCAAGCCAUAGACAGCCAUAAUAAGGCACAUCCAGAUGAGAAAAUAAUUACUUCAGUGGAGCUAGAGAAGACCAGGAUGGAAAUAGUACCUCUCUUAGAUAAAGCAGAUUAUGUAUUUGUGAGCAAGGAGCAUGCUCAGAUUCAUGGUUACCAGUGUAAAGAAGACACUGUGGAGGGAUUGGGCACAAAAAUAAGAGACAGCUCAGUGAUAAUUUGUGCCUGGGGGGAGAGUGGCGCUUGUGCCAAACCUAAACAUGGACCAAUAGUGGCAUCUCCAAUUUUUCCACCAGAGGGCGGUGUGGUAGACACUCUAGGUGCUGGCGACUCAUUCAACGCUGGCGUCAUAUUUGCCCUGAGUAGGGGGAAAAUGUUACAAGAAGCUGUGUCAUUUGGGUGCCUAGUUGCUGGAAAAAAGUGUGGAUUUCGUGGAUUUGAAGGUCUGAAAGGUUUUCCUCUUUGACCAAGUGACAGUUGGAGUGUUAUUACUUUAAAAAAUUGAGAAGAAAAGAAAACAAAGCUGUUGUUUAAAGAAUAAAAACUUCAACCAAGGUAAGAAAAAUGAUUUUAAAUGGUUUUGAUUUAAAAAAAAAAAGUUCAACAGCGAAAGAACUGCCAGAUGCCACUAGGUCAGUAACUUCAGUCAAUACAAGUAAAGGAUUGGUAAAAAAAAAAUGACAGAGGAAAAAGGGAAAUUAGUUCUUUUGCUUAAAUGUGAGCUGACAAUCCUUGUGUUACUAUCCAGAUAUUUUACACUCAUUAUACCAAGCACUUGUCACACGUAUAUAUAUAUAUAUAUAUGUAGUGUGUGUGUGUGCGUGUGCGUG